AUGGGUAAUUCUGGUCUGAAGCAACACUAUGAAAUAGCAUCAAAGACAGGAGUGUUACAAAUUUCUGAGCACAGACUCAAAGAAAUACCAGUUGAAGUUUAUAGGCUGUCUGAACACUUACGAAAUUUAGACCUGUCCAAGAACAAGGUUUCAUGCAUUACUGAUGAAAUAACGAAGUUGAAGCUUUUGAAACAAUUAAAUUUAAACACUAAUUCUAUUCAAGCAUUGCCCGAAUCAUUGGCUGAUCUCAAGAAGUUGGAAAUGUUGAAUGUAUCUUACAAUUCUAUUUCAUCAUUGCCAGUGACAUUUCCUAGUUUAUCAAACCUCAAGCAAGUGUAUUUAAAUAAUAAUAAGUUCAAGAAGUUUCCAAUACAGCUUAUAGGCCUCAAAAACGUAGAGGUUGUUGAUCUCUCUAAUAAUAAAAUUUCUGAGAUUCCAAAUGGUAUGUCAAACUUCUAUGCAGUCGAGUUAAGCCUUAGUCAGAAUGAAAUUUCCACACUAGCUGAAGACUUAUAUCAAGCUCCGAGAUUAAAAAUAUUGAAAUUGGAAGAGAACUGCUUAUGCCUUGAUGCAAUAAGACCAAGUUUGUUACGAGAUUCAAAAAUUCAUACACUCAACCUCGAUGGAAAUUUGUUUGAAUCAAAACAAUUAGCAUCAAUAGAGGGUUAUAACGAAUACACCAUGAGAUAUACAGCGAUGAAGAAAAAGAUGUUUUAA